CACCGAAUUUUUUCCACCCAUAAAAUUUAUACCUAAUUAUGUUGAAGCUUAAUCAUUUGAAAGUCGCCAUAGAAGAAACAUGGGUGCUGUCCACCUCAGCGUCGCCGCUGUUCUGUUUGUUGUAACAUUUUGGCAGACUGCAGCUACGGAGGAAGGAGAGAAUAAGUAUUGUGGCGAACCACCCCAGGUCGCGUUUGCAUAUCGAAUAGCAUUAGCAAAGAAUUACAGGAAAGGCGAGAGAAUCCGCUAUACUUGUGAAAAAGGAUAUCAGCAUGUUGGCGGAUCUUCAUACAAAUUCUGUCUCACGGGAGUAUGGGUUGGGCAUAACAUUAUAUGUGAACAAAUUGCACCACCAACAUCCAAUUUGUACCCUGGGGCUUUGUUCGACUACAAGCGCCAAUGCUGCCAAAAAGGAUUGAGGGCUCGAACCGGAAAUGAGUCAUGCGCCACCUUGGCCAAGUCGAUGUGCGAACCGUGCAAGACUGCCUUCCUGAAAUGCUGUCCUGACCAGGACCUGCCUCAAGAAGAUGUUCAGCCGAUGAGCUGUUCACAGCCUCCCAAGGCCGCAUACGCCUACGUAUCAGCCCCAGAGAAGUUAUACGAACAUGGAGGAAAAGUCCACUACAUUUGUCUGAAAGGCUAUCAACACACCAACGGCUCCACACACAAAGUUUGUGAAAAUGGAACAUGGACGGGGGAAGAUAUUGGCUGCGAAAAGAUUACACUGCCUCCAAACCCGGACAUUGACCCAGAUGCACUGAAGGAUUACAUUCGGAUGUGUUGUCUUAAGGGGCUGAAAACCAAGGCCGGAAGCGGAACCUGCAAGGAACUGUCUCUCCCCAUGUGCGAACCUUGCAAGACCCCGUUUCUGAAGUGUUGCGUGGAUAAAACCAUCAACAUAUAUAGAUCGACUCUUUAUACAGCAAUUACGUCAUAUUCAAAAUUAUUAGUAAAUUAAAAGUUGUUUCUAAUUUUUGGUGAUUGCAUUUUAUCUGUAUUAACAUAACCAAACAUUGCGUUCUGGUAUUGUAUUUUAUGUGAAACGAAUGCACUAUCUGCUUUAUUCACAGUAACUGAAUUGUCUUUCAUUUCGAGGAUUGAAUCUGUAUCAACAGCAAUUGCGAACAAAUUAAACCAAGUAUAUUUUG